AUGCGCGGAAGCCAGCAACCACCCUUUCAAACUGCCGCCCGAACCUUUGCCAUGGAGGGACCACAACUUUCCAUCGCAGUCGUUUGCAUCCAGAAGUCUGGUCACAUGCUUUGCCUGCUGCGCAUCUGCGCUGAGCUCUGCAAGCGCGGGCACAAAGUCAGAGUUUACACAGCGGAGUAUGGUAAGGAUGAGUUUGAGAAGAAGGUGAAGCAGACGGGCGCGGAGUUUGUGGCUUUGGACAUGCAGGGGAAGACGGAGGAGAGCAUCACGCAGGAGGCAGAUAAGAAGGGCGUGUUUGAAAACCUGGAACUUUCGGCUGUCAUGUUACCAGCUUUGAGACAGGAAUGUGCCAAGAGCAAGCCAGAUGUGGUGCUGGCGGACUUCGCCUCGGCUGCAGGACCAGUUCUUGCAGAGGAGAUGGACCUCCCUUUGUUGAUCAAUCUGCCAGGGCCUCUAAGUGUACUGCAAGCCUUCAUCGGAAUGGCCGAUGCUUCAACUGGCUUCAACUUCCUGGGGCUACACUUGGAGCGCCAGCGACUGAGCAUGCCUGCCUUUGCGAGAUGGACAAACGUCUUUUCUUUCGGCACCUGGGGAGCACAACUGCAUCAUCAUGUAGGCAGAGGGGCAAUUGUGCUGGUGCAAACCAUCUGGGGCCUUGACCAGACACUGCCCAUCUAUCCCAACGUUGUUGUGACCGGCCCAGUUUUACCACCAGCUGCAAAUCUGCGAGAGAAGUUAGCCAGAGAGCAUGUGGAACUUCACCAGUUCCUCCGUGCCAGUGACGGCAGUGGCAGCAGUGUCGGUGUGGUGUACGUCACAACAGGCAGCAUGGCCAAACUCCACGACUGGCAAGUGCGAGUCCUGUUCAGUGGCCUCAAGAAAACCCAGUGUCGAGUUGUAUGGAGCCUCAAGGAAGAGCUGCACCAAUUCCUGCCAGUCAAGGAUGACCCUGACUUCUUCAUUCGCAAGUGGACUCCCCAAGCCGAGCUGCUGCAAGACCCUGCCAUCAAAGUAGUCAUCACUCAUUGUGGUUGGGGUGGCACCUUGGAAACUUUGACGGCCGGUAAACCCAUCGUGGCCAUUCCCUUCUUUGCAGAGCAGCCCGUGAAUGCCUGUCUACUGAAAGACCGUGGUGUUGCUGAGCUCAUUGGGAGAAUUCCGAAGGGCAUCGGCAGGGAGCACAACCCUUACAAAGAAGGCUGGAUGACAGAGGAGACGGUCUACUCAGCAGUAAGCAAGGUCAUGAGAAGCCCCUCCUACACUGAAGAAGCCCGGAAGCUCAUGAAAGCAUCCCAAGCUUCGGGUGGGGUUGCAGCUGCAGCACAGCAAGUAGAAUGGGCUGGGUGGCAUGGAAUUCAUCACCUGAAGCCCACAAACUUCCAGGGCUCAACAGGGUCGAGUCCCUUCAGCGGCUGUUUGGCUGGACUUGCAGCGGUUUGCGCCUGUUCCGUGAUGCAUUUGAAAUUCGGUUGCUUAAUGUGA